CCCGCUCGCCUGGGGCGUCCUCGGCGGAGACCGCGCGGACGAGCGGACGGAGCGCCUCGCUGCCCCGCAGGUUCUCAGCCCUGGUUCUAAGAUGAUGGGACUGGGGAAUGGGCGUCGCAGCAUGAAGUCUCCGCCCCUUAUCCUGGCUGCCCUGGUGGCCUGUGUUAUUGUGCUAGGCUUCAACUACUGGAUUGCUAGCUCGAGAAGCGUGGAGCUCCAGACGCGCAUUGUAGAGCUGGAAGGCCGGGUCCGCAGGGCGGCUGCAGAGAGAGGUGCUGUAGAGCUGAAGAAGAAUGAGUUCCAGGGCGAGCUGCAGAAGCAGAGAGAGCAACUUGACAGGAUCCAGUCUAGCCACAGCUUCCAGCUGGAGAAUGUCAACAAGCUACACCAGGAUGAGAAGGCGGUUUUAGUGAAUAACAUCACCACAGGCGAGAAGCUCAUUCGAGACCUGCAAGACCAGUUGAAGGCACUGCAGAGGAGUUACAGCAGCCUGCAGCAGGAUAUCUUCCAAUUCCAGAAGAACCAGUCCAGCCUGGAGAAGAAGUUCUCCUAUGACCUGAACCAAUGUAUCAGCCAGAUGACCGAGGUGAAGGAACAGUGUGACGAGCGGAUAGAGGAGGCCAUCAGAAAGCGAAACGAAGCACCGGUUUCCAGAGAUCUGGCUGAAACGAACAACCAACGUCAGCAGGCCCUCAAGCCUCAGCCCAAGCUUCAGGAAGAAGUCCCAUCAGAGGAACAGAUGCCACAAGAGAAAGGGGAUGUGCCCAGAAACAAGUCCCAGAUACCAGCCCCCAAUUCAGAGAGGUGGGGCUUGAAGCCACACGUGCAGAAUGAGGAAACCAAUGAGAUUCAGGCUGUCGGUGAGGAGCACGGACUUCGACUGACGAUGGCAUCGGCAUCCAUCCAAGGGCAGGCGGUGGCGGAUGGCACUCGGGUAGGAGGCGAGAAACUCGAUCAGCCCACACAGGUACCAGCUGGCCUGUUGGCCAGGCCUGCGGAGGAUUCUCAGUACCCUGAGCGGGAGCAGCUUGUCAUCCGGGAUAGUCAGGAGCAGCAGCAUGCGGCAGAGGAAGGGGGAGGCCAGAAGAACCUAGGAGAUGAAUACGACAUGGAUGAAAACGAAGCAGAAUCUGAGAGGGAGAAGCAGGCAGCCCUUGCGGGGAAUGACAGAAAUAUAAAUGUUCUUAAUGCUGACGCCCAGAAGAGAGGCAUAAUAAAUGUGCCCGACGGGAGUGAAAGGCAGAACCACAUUCUAAAUCAAGUAGGCAUUCAUAUUCCUCAACAAGCCUGAAGAGAGAUCCUACGGAGAUUCACUGUGACUCAACUGUGAAAUGGACCAAGCAAAACGAACAUUGGUCAAUUACUAUGGGGCUUAAUCAGUACAUUUUGCAAAGAAAAAAAAAAUGGGACCAUCUCAGACAGUUUGGGGGUACUUUUAAAGUGUCUACAAGAGAUGUCAAAAUUGAUCAAGCUUUGAUUAACAGGUAUUUCUUAAGCAGGUCAACACCAAAAAGAGAAAUGAGGCUGUCCUGUCUAGGCAGCAGCACCUCCUCACCCUGCAGUGUAAGACAGAGUAGACUGAGGGCAGUUGCUGGCCACAGCGGCUCCCUCCUCCUCGUGCUGCCGCUUGCCAGUUUCUGUCCCCAGAUAUUAAGCAGCUCAUCACUCCUGCAAACACUUGAUUCCACCAUCAAUGGCCUAGAGCUCUUACCGUCAGCAUAAACACCACUAGUCAGUUCUAUACAAGCCUCAACACAAAGAUGUUCUGUGCAAAAACUGCAUUAAUUAAAAGACAGCCACUAUACCUGGCUUACUUCAGGAUUCAGAAGGCUGAGGCAGGAGACUGCUGCAAGUUCUGAGCCAGCUUAAAGUGACAUAGUGAGUGCCAAGCUAGGAUGAGCAAGAAUGAAAGCCCCUGUCUCAAAUAUCAGUGAGAGUUGUUACUUUUAAAAGACUGGUUUAAAUAACCUUCAUUAUUCUUCUGAUGUACAGAACACUAUGAAGUUACUCACAAUGUAAGCACCUAUGAUCUGUGUGUGUUUGACUGGGCAAAGAGUUUCUAGUAAGUCACUCAUCUCACUAAGAAAGGCAGUGCCUGCACUGCGCUCUGGACAAAGGCUGCAUGGGCAGAGGUGUCCAAGAGGAAGAGUUGGCUGCUGGAGGAUACUCAGGGUACAAGCUGGAUUCCUACAAAGGCAAGAGCAACACCAGCUGGUUUUCCCCCGAGUUUAUAUACUGUUUGAAAAACACACAAGGUGAAUGUUAGCUUUGAAAGACUUGUAGUUGAUUGAUGGUAAUGCAUCGUUAAGUCUUGGUUCUCAUCAGCAGCUUCUGAUUGCAGACUGACUGCAGUCACACUGACGACUCCUUCCAGAAACGAUCUCUCUGAAGAGUGGGACGAUUCACAGGGCUGAUCUGACUCUGAAGUGCUGGUUAAAUAGGAAGCAGCAGCACUAGAGGCACAGGGCAGCGCCUAGUGCCUCCUGGGCUGGGCUGAAGAUCCCUGCAGUCAAGGGAUGCCGGGUGGUCCAGCUGUCCGUGCCUCUUUAAAGCACACAUUUAAACCCCUAUGGCAGACGCGGGUUGUCUCUCACUGCAGAACCACCCAGUUUCUAUGUACAACCCCAUGUUUAGAUGGGUACUGUUUAAUGUCGCAAGCCAUUUUCCUUUACACUUUAACUUGCCAGAGCCUCAGUUGGACUGUUCUUACCAUACACCUUUUCUGCUCCUAGGUCCCAAGCUCAAGGGGACUUUGUAUUUCUAGUACUUGUUUUCUAUCUUAAUCUGGUUUGGGUUUAAAGUGUAGAUAUUGGUGACAGGCUGUGCUGAUUUCCUUUUUAACAAGUACAAUAAGUAAGGGCCACAUUCUACCCUCUGGGUUCUAAGAUUCCAGGGUACCAAUAGCCACGCAUGACAGCUGAGCCAUACCACCUCUGUACUGAACAGGAAGUAACCAACAUCCUGUCUUCGCUAGCAUCUUGAUCAAGUCCGGUCAGGCAUGCUUCAGUGUUUCUAGGAAAUGGAAGGUGCCACAGGGUUGGGCUGGCAUAGCUCCGUGAGAGCUUCUACCCAGCCAGUAUGUGUGAGUCCCCGGGUCACAUCCUCAGCACCACCGAACACUGUCACAUUAGAGUUAGGCCACUGGAAUCUUAGAGUCAUUUCUGCUGUAAGCCAAAUGAACUAGCAAUAGUCAGGCCAAACCACAAAGCCAGAUUCAAUUUCAGGGUGGCUCCCUCUGCUAAAAGCACUGCCCCUUCAGAGUACAAAAGGGAAACCCCACGGGCUUAGACAGUUGUCACAGCACACCAGUGAUGAGACCAGCAGAGGAAUGAGCAGCAAAUCAAGGAUGGGGUCUCUUGCUGGUGGCCAAGAACAAAACCUGCACCUCAGGGCACUUGGGACUUCAGCUGGAACAAAAGGAUGCACCCCCUUCCAACAAGACCGGAAGCUCAGUGGCCUACACACUCCUACCUGAUACCAGCAACAGACACUGCAGUGUGAUGUGGUUUUCCUUCAACUGCAUCACUAAAGACCCUUAGAAAUCUGUCACAACACAGUCACAAUCCUCAUGUACUUUAGUGAUCCUCUUACCUCAAAAUUUGUAAUUUGACCAGAAUCUUAAAUCCUUAAUAAAUCUUGUGUUUUGAAACUUCAA